AUGGCCACCAAAAAUAGUCAUAAUCUCGUCAAGAUCCUGUCCGCACGGUCCUAUCUCCCGGUCGAAGAGCAAUCACCGGCAACCCAAGACUCGGCAAAUUCUUCGACGACACCUACAGUUGAAAUCAAUACUAGUCCAAAGCCGUCAAGUUCAUUACCAAUGGAAUCUACUAGAAUCACUCGCCAACGGCGAUCAUCCAGAAAUGUGGGGAGACCGAGGGUGGACGCACAGGGCACAGCAGUACUGUCAGAGAGUCGUCGGAAACAAAUUCGGCAAGCUCAGAAGACAUACCGGCUCAAAAAGGAAGCUGUCUUGCAGAAUACUCAGACACGAGUAGCGGAGCUAGAGCAGAAGAUAGAUGGGAUAUCCGAAGCCUUUUCCGAUCUCUACGAUGUCGCGCUUGAAUCUGACCUGAAGAACAUUCAUCCUGUGCUUUUUGAUCAUUUCGACAGAGUCCAACGUCUCUUGACUACGGAUGCAGGACGAUUUCCUACAAGUUCACUACAAGCACCCUCAGGUACCGAUAGUCGGGCAGCAGGUAGCGCACAAAAAUGCGCCACAUCAGCAUCAGAGAGUGGUAGUAGCAGCCGUGAAAUAGGCACUUCUCAGCAAGAAGUUUUCGGGUAUUGUCCAUUGCCAUCCGUAUCGAUGGAGGCCACUCCGGAGAGCGUUCGGCUGUCCCCUGAUGACUACCACGAAGAAAGCCAAACCGAUGGCAAUAACAGUGCCUGGCAAUCUUUCGGGAGUUUUAUCCAUACUUGCUGCUUCCAGGAAGCCAAGUUUUCACGGCGUCUCCAACGCUAUUGCUUGGAGUAUGCAUUCCGCUUGUUCAGCGAUUCGCGCUCUCAUCCGAAUCGCAUAUACCAGGUCUUCCGCUUGGUCCCGUGCAUCCAGAACAAAGCCAAGAUGUACCCUUAUUUUAAGAGACUGGUCAUGGCUGGCUCUAAGGAGUCUUUGGAGAUCCAAGCUCUUCCUUUCUACUGCAUUGGUGGCGCAGGGACGCAUUAUCCUAUAUUGGAUGAUAUGGGAAGUCCAAUCUAUCCUCCUAAAAUGAGACUCCCGAAGAGGCUACUUGGAGUCUUGCCAGUGGUAAGAAGUGCCUCCGAUAUUGGACUAAAUUGGGAUACGGGUCGGUUACUUGAGGUCUGUGGGUUUGGCGGUCUGUGGUUUGAUUGUCGAGAUGUGGAAGGCUAUCUCAGUUCUCGCGGAGUUCAUCUCGACGAGUCAUCUCUAUUUCCGCGAGUCGAGAGUCUUCUUGAAAGAGACUCUCAGUCGAGUAUGGCCAAUUUCUCGCCUUCAAAAGACUCAAACACAGACAGUGGAGGCCAGUCGGAGCAGAAUUAUUCAGCAGACAAGACAUCAUCUCCAUCUGAACCGCUACAUCAAUAUGUUCUUGACGUCGAACGUUUCUUCCUUUAUCUCCUCCAAGGAAUGGUCAUCUUAGGACGCGUACCGGGCUUUAGACAAAGUGAUGUUGCAGCUGCUUUCAGGGUUUCUUUACGAAUACAGGCUGCGCCCUGA